AUGGAGUCGGGACGUGUGAACCUCACGAAAGGAGAGCCCCUCGUUCGCCUACCCUUCCAGGAUCGGGACGAAAAAGUUCAUGUAAAGGAGAAUGGAGUUGAGAUAGGAAGCAAAUAUACUGCUCUAUCUCAGCACCGCAACCUUUACUUUGUGGCCUUUGGGCAUCAGAUUUACGUAUAUCAGCCUCCUAGUCGCGAUCGCGUGCUUGCACCUAAGCCCGAAAUGAUAUUAACACCGGUAGCUAAAAAUCCUACUGCUCCUGGUUACAUCACCCGGCACAACCCACAUAUUAUUAACGUCAUUCGUGUUGAGGAUCUCGGACAUGAGGAGAUACUACUUCUUGCCACUGAUUCGGGCAACAUUGCGGCCUAUCGGACUGAACGUAUAUUUGGGGUCAUCGAAGAAGCCAGGGUCACUGGGAAUGACAAGCCGACAGAACUUGGUGAACUUGUUGACUGCUUUUUUAAUGAUUGGGUAGGCCAAAGUGCUUGGGGCCUUGCGAUCCACAAGACUGCCAGAAUGAUUGCAGUAAGCUCCAAUUCCUGGUGUAUUACUGUUUUCGCUUUUGCGUUGGUGGAUGAUGCGUCCGUUGCGAGUGAUUCUGCGAAGAGUUUAGGCACUCCGCAGUCUUCACCCACAGCUCGUCAAUCCUUAGAGUGGACGAAUGUGAGUUCAGAGUCACAGUAUAACAUACUCCGGCGAAUAAAACCAGAAAAACGGCGGGCCUUUAACAUUCGGUUCACUUUAGUUGGCCACAAAAAGAAUAUUCCAAACAUUGACUUUUUAAACUCUGAUCUUGAUCCAGACGGUGAUUGGUUGAUUAGCACCGACAUCGGUAACAAACUUAUGAUGUUCAAUAUCUGGGAAUAUCCCACUCCGGUGAGAGUCAUCGACAUUCAGCAGGACCCACCAAAUCAUCCGGGUCAUUCACAUGACAACCGCCAACUUGGGUGGAGUGUUCUGGCUCUUGAUCCACGUAACUUCAGGCCCAAAUCAACCUUGAAAGAAGCUUGUGGCGGCACUCCGCGUAAACAUAUUCAUAAUGAAGACGUUUAUGAUUUGACUGCUCUUGCACAACGCAUGCGAUCCAACUAUCUGCCAGAGGAGCCUCUACAUCCUGAUGAUGUCGCUGAUGAAUCAGACGAUUUAUCAGACGAAACAUUUUCACUAGGAUCUGAUAUCCCUGCUUCGUUAGACUCGCCCAUGGCCACCGACGAAACGGGUUUGGAUCACUUCUCACCUUGCUGUCCAAUGUAUCCUGGUGAAGGGAAGGAGUAUGGGAAUAAUCAGAAGCCCUUUGGAAAUCUUGAGAGCGAACAAAAUAUGUGUUUAGAUAGAGGUAAUGAGGACGAGAAUGAUGCGCAACUACACAAUUUACUUCAAGAGUCGAUUUCAGACUCAAUGGAGGAUGCCCCUUGGAAUAGCGACCUCAAUCGCCUUCCAGGGUCAUGGCCUUCUCUCCAUGGUGACCCGACAGGUCUGGUAACUGACCCUGAGCUGGUUGAUGAUCUUAUUCUUUCUGUGAUUGACACCACCGAAGAUAUUCCUAGUAAUGAAAAUGACUCUGACAUCCAAGAGGAUGACGGAGACGAUGGCGAUGAAUAUUUGGAUCACGCGGAUGAAGAAGACGAUGAAGAGGUCGAAGAAGAGGAAGAGGAAGAGGAAGAGCAUGAGGAUACCCGAGGUGACGAAGAAGUGUACAACUACGAAUACGCUGCCUUCCAAUACGGCGGGAGCAAUGGCGACAACUCCCUUUUUGAAAGUCUUCAGCAACAUAACCAGGGUGGAGACUCUAUCGACCCACUCUUCCCCGAUAUUUCGGACUGGCUUCCCGACACCGAAGAUCUGGAGCCACUUAAACCCUUAUUCGCAGAUUUCCCCAUUCUUCAUUUCACUCAAACCUCGGUCCGCAUGUUCCCUCAUCCAUUUGCCAAAAAGUCGACUUUCAUCCUCCGCGAUGCUCUGACCCAAGAUCUCAUCAACAUCCCCCUGGAUCUUGACAUGGUCGAUCGUUUCAACAUUGUCCACCAGAUCCCGGAACUUGGCAUCGUCCUGGCAGCUUCGCAAAAGGGGCGGGUCGGAAUAUUCUCUCUGACCGAAUAUCCUGAUGGCAUGGCUUUUAGGCUGGACCAUGUCAUUCCAUCUGAAAGUCAAGAGCGACAGAGAGCCAGACCUUUCGUUCAACUUGCGGGAAUGGCAGUAGGCCCUGUGGAAAGCCAUCUCAUUCCUCUCGACGAGAUCAGCUACUCUAUGUCCUCCUCUCCACUAACAGAAGACAACCACGCUACUUCUGCUAGGCAGUCACAUCAUUCAUACCACAGCCGUAGUGUAGGAAACCAUACAGGGAGCGCCCAAACGGGUGAACAUAGCUCUCGAACCUACUCCGGCCGCCAAGUUCCGGAUAACGACUUUCAAGUUCGCCAAGAACAAUGGCACGGCAUUGAAUUCUCGCGCCGCUACCGCGUCAUACUAAUGUUUACAAAUCUGACCGUACUACACUAUGAGCUCUUCUACGACUGGCCCGCAGAUAUGAUGGGCCCUCAUGGUCAGCUUCUACAGGAGGUUGGGAGAGGAUCCCUAUUGAGGCCGUGA